GAGUCCGGACCAGUGGCGUCGUCGACGUGUGCCGUCCGCAGAGCGCUAACAGACCCACAUCAACUUUCGUAUUUUGAUUUCGACCGCCGUUAGCAACUGAUUCUCCAGCAUGCCUGGACACGUCGCCCGGAGCGCGGGUCCCGACCCAGACCCCACCGAGUUCCUCUUCAUCUCCAUGGAGAAUAAGAUGCAGGACGCCACUAAACCUUACGACCCCAAGAAGUCCUGUUGGGUACCUGAUCCCAAGGAGGGCUUCAUCGAGGGUGAGAUUCACGGCACCAAGGGCGACCUCGUCACCGUCUAUGCCGCUGGUGAGACCAAGAACUGGAAGAAGGAUCAAGUGGGACAGGUCAACCCUCCCAAGUACGAGAAAUGCGAGGACAUGUCCAACUUGACCUACCUGAACGAUGCCUCCGUCCUCUACAACUUGAAGUCCCGUUAUGUUGCCAGGCUCAUCUACACCUACUCCGGUCUCUUCUGUAUCGCCAUCAACCCCUACAAGCGCUACCCCAUCUACACCAACCGCGUGGUCAAGAUCUAUCAGGGCAAGAGGCGUAACGAAGUGCCUCCCCAUCUCUUCGCUAUCGCUGACGGCGCCUACAUGAACAUGCUGCAAGUUGCUGAGAAUCAGUCAAUGCUUAUCACCGGUGAGUCCGGUGCCGGCAAGACUGAGAACACCAAGAAGGUGCUCUCCUACUUCGCCAACGUCGGCGCCUCUACCAGGAAGAAGGCUGAUGUUGAGAAACCGAACCUGGAGGACCAGAUCAUCCAGACCAACCCUGUCCUGGAAGCUUUCGGUAACGCCAAGACCACCCGUAACGACAACUCCUCCCGCUUCGGUAAAUUCAUCCGCAUUCACUUCCAACCCAACGGCAAGCUGUCCGGUGCUGACAUCGAAGUCUACCUGCUGGAGAAGGCUCGCGUCAUCUCCCAGCAGCCUCUUGAGCGCUCCUACCAUAUCUUCUACGAGAUGAUGUCCGACCAGAUCAAGUCACUCAAACCCAUGUGUUAUCUCAGUGAUGAUAUCUUCGACUACCACUACGUGUCUCAGGGCAAGGUUACCGUCCCCUCCAUUGAUGACGCUGAAGAUAUGCAGUUCUGUCACGACGCAUUUGAUGUGCUUGGCUUUAGUAAGCAAGAAGUUGAGAAUGUUUACAAGAUCACAGCGGCUGUCAUGCACUUCGGCAACAUGAAGUUCAAGCAGCGAGGUCGGGAGGAGCAGGCGGAGCCCGAUGGAACACAGGUUGGCGAUAUAAUUGGGAAAUUGCUGGGAGUUGAUGGUAACGACCUGUACAGGAACAUUACCAAGCCCAAGAUCAAGGUCGGCGCUGAGUUCGUUGCUAAAGGAAUGAAUGUGAACCAGUGUAGUUACUCUGUUGGGGCCCUCGCCAAGGCGCUCUUCGACCGCGUCUUCAAGUUCCUGGUAGCCAAGUGUAACAAAACUCUAGAGACGGGUUUAAAGUCCUCCGUAUUCAUCGGCGUGCUGGAUAUCGCUGGCUUCGAGAUAUUCGACUUCAACAGCUUCGAGCAGAUCUGCAUCAACUUCUGUAACGAGAAGCUGCAGCAGUUCUUCAACCAUCACAUGUUUGUGCUGGAACAGGAGGAGUACAAGAGGGAAGGUAUCAACUGGGUCUUCGUCGACUUCGGUAUGGACCUGCAGGCCUGCAUCGAGCUCUUCGAGAAGAAAAUGGGUCUGCUCUCCAUCCUGGAAGAGGAGUCUAUGUUCCCCAAGGCUACCGACAAGUCCUUCCAGGAGAAACUGAACGUCAACCACCUCAACAAAUCUUCAGUGUUCAUCAAGCCCAGAUCACCCAAACCAGGCGAGGCCGAAGCCCACUUCGCCAUCGUUCACUACGCUGGGACAGUGAACUACAACCUGAGUGGCUGGCUGGAGAAGAACAAGGAUCCCCUCAACGACACCGUCGUCGACCUGCUCAAGAAGUCCGCCAACGAACUCACUGUCACAAUCUUCACUGACCAUCCCGGCCAGUCUGGUAGUGAUGCCAAAGGUGGCAAGAAAUCCGGAGGCUUCAAGACAGUGUCGUCUGGAUACAGGGACCAGCUCAACAACCUGAUGAGGACCCUCAACGCCACUCAUCCCCACUUCAUCCGAUGCAUCGUCCCCAACGAGACCAAGUCCCCGGGUGUGAUUGACGCGGGUCUUGUCAUGCACCAGCUAACCUGCAACGGUGUGCUUGAGGGCAUCCGUAUAUGUCGUAAGGGCUUCCCCAACAGGAUGGUCUACCCUGACUUUAGGCACCGCUACAAGAUCCUGGCCUUCAGGGAGAUAGCGGAGGUCUGCGACGACAAGAAGGCCGUGAAGGCUUGCUUCGACAAGGCUGGACUGGACGAGGAGCUGUACCGCUUGGGCAACACCAAGGUGUUCUUCCGAGCCGGCGUUCUGGGCACCCUGGAGGAGAUCCGCGACGACCGCCUCAACAAGAUCAUCACGUGGUUGCAGGCCUGGGUUCGAGGCUACCUCAGCCGUCAGCGCUACCAGAAGCUACAACGGCAACGCGAGGCCCUCGUCAACAUCCAACACAACCUGCGAAGGUUCCUCAAACUGCGCAGCUGGGCGUGGUUCGAGCUGUGGCAGAGGGUGAAGCCGCUCCUCAACCUCACGCGCCUCGAGGACCAGAUGCGGGCACUUGAAGAGAGAGCCUGUAAGGCUCAGGAAGACUACGAGAAAGAGUUGAAACUUCGUCAAGAAUUCGAGGCUGCGAAUAUUGUGCUUCUCCAAGAGAAGAGUAGUCUAUUUCUCGCUCUGGAGUCCAGUAAGGGCAGCCUGGCGCAGUUCCUCGACCAGCACUCGAAGCUACAAACUGAGAAGGUCCAACUUGAGGCCAUGUUAUCUGAAACGAGCGAACGGCUUCAGGGAGAGGAGGAGGCCCGCAGUCAGCUGACCAAAGGCAAGAAAGCCGCGGAUCAGGAAGUGGACAACUUGAAGAAGGAAAUUGAGGAUCUGGAGCUGACCAUUCAGAAACUGGAGCAAGAGAAGGCCAGCAAGGAUCACCAGAUUCAGAACCUGAAUGAAGAGAUCACGCACCAAGAAGAGAUGAUCAGCAAGGUGAACAAGGAGAAGAAACACUUGCAAGAGUGCAACCAGAAGACGGCAGAAGACGCCCAGGGCGUCGAAGACAAAUGCAAUCACCUCAACAAGGUGAAGGCUAAACUCGAGCAGACACUUGACGAGCUCGAAGACUCCCUGGAGCGGGAAAAGAAAUACCGCGCUGACAUUGAAAAGGCCAAGAGAAAAGCGGAAAGCGACCACAAACUCGCCCUGGAAGCCGUUGCCGAUCUGGAGCGUAACAAGAGAGAGUUAGAACAGGCCAUCGAGCGCAAGGACAAGGAAUUCGCUUCUCUAGCCAGCAAGCUUGAGGAUGAGCAGAGUCUCGUCUCCAAGAUUCAGAGACAAGUCAAAGAACUGCAGUCCCGCAUCGAGGAGCUCGAGGAGGAGAUUGAACACGAACGCCAAGCCCGCGGCAAGGCAGAGAAGGCGAAGAGCAAUUUGGCGCGCGAGCUGGACGAUCUGGGCGAGCGCCUGGAAGAGGCUGGUGGAGCCACCGCCGCCCAAAUUGAACUCAAUAAGAAACGCGAAGCUGAGCUAGUAAAACUGCGUCGAGAUCUGGAGGAGUCUAACAUACAGCACGAGUCUUCCUUGGCGCUUCUCCGCAAGAAACACCACGACGUCGUAGCGGAAAUGUCCGAGCAGAUCGACCUUCUCAAUAAGACGAAGGCCAGGAACGAGAGGGACAAAGCCGCCUUGAAGCGUGAAGCUGACGAUGCUAAAGCUUCUAUGGACAGCCUGUCUCGUGACAAGGGAUCCGCCGAGAAAACCUGCAAACAGCUCCAGUUGGAGGUGACUGAGGUCCAGGCCAGACUCGACGAGGCGAGUCGUACCCUCAACGACUUCGAUGCUGGCAAGAAGAAACUCUGCGUCGAGAACGCCGAUCUCCUGCGGCAGCUGGAAGAAGCGGAGAGCCAGCUUGGUCAGCUUUCUAAACUGAAGCUAUCGCUUGCCAACCAGCUCGAGGACACACAGAAGCUGGCCGACGAGGAAAGCCGGGAACGAGCGACGCUACUUGGCAAGUUACGGAACCUGGAGCACGAUAUAGAUGGUCUCCGGGAGCAGCUUGAGGACGAGAGUGCCGCCAAGGCUGACGUCCAGCGGUUAUUGUCCAAGGCCAACGCUGAAGCCUUGAUGUGGCGCUCGAAGUACGAAUCCGAAGGAGUUGCUCGAGCCGAGGAGCUAGAGGCGGCGCGUCUGAAACUUGCUGCUCGUCUUGAAGAAGCUGAAUCCCAGAUUGAGCAGCUGAAUGUCAAGAAUAUGCAGCUGGAGAAAGGUAAACAGCGAGUCUGCACAGAGCUCGAAGACAUGCAAAUCGCCACUGAACGCGCCCAAACUCUGGCGAACGCCGCUGAGAAGAAACAAAAGAACUUCGACAGGAUCAUCGGCGAAUGGAAAUUAAAAGUAGACGAUCUCUCAACGGAACUUGACGCCUCACAGAAAGAAUGCCGCAACUAUUCUACGGAACACUUCCGCGUCAAGACGGCUUACGAGGAGUGCCUCGAGAACCUCGACUCCGUCCGCCGCGAGAACAAGAACCUCAGCGAUGAGAUUAAGGACCUCAUCGACCAGCUCGGAGAGGGCGGCCGAUCUCUUCACGAAGUUCAUAAGACCGUCAAGCGUCUGGAGAUCGAGAAGGAGGAGCUCCAGUCUGCCCUUGAAGAGGCUGAAGCCGCACUUGAGCAAGAGGAAAACAAGGUGCUUCGGGGACAGCUUGAGCUGAGUCAAGUCAGACAGGAGAUUGACAGGCGCAUCGGCGAGAAGGAAGAGGAGUUUGAGAACACUCGAAAAUGCCAUCAGCGCGCUAUUGAUUCUAUGCAGGCUUCCCUUGAAGCUGAAGCCAAGGGCAAGGCCGACGCUCUUCGCCUGAAGAAGAAGCUGGAGUCCGACAUUAACGAACUGGAAAUCACUCUUGAUCAUUCUAACAAGGCGA